CCCGCCCACCCCAGCCUCCUCCCUCCCGGCUCUCUGCUGGCCUGUCUCCCUCUCUCCGUCGCCGGGUGCUGAAGUUGGGCGGAUGGCAGCGAGCCGGCUCCUCUAGAGGACGCAGCAGCCCAGCCUCGCGCACCCUCGGACCGACCGCGGUGCGCUCACCCACACCCCAAGGCCACCCGCCAGCUGGGUUCUGAAGCAGCUGAAAUGAGAAAACGGCAGCAAUCCCAAAAUGAAGGAACACAGGCUGUGUCUCAAGCACCCGGAAACCAGAGGCCCAACAACACCUGCUGCUUCUGCUGGUGCUGCUGCUGUAGCUGCUCCUGCCUCACCGUCAGGAAUGAGGAAAGAGGAGACGCUGCGGGGAGACCCUCACACACCACAAAAAUGGAGAGCAUCCAGGUCCUGGAGGAGUGCCAAGACCCCACUGCGGAGGAAGUCUUGUCCUGGUCUCAAAAUUUUGACAAAAUGAUGAAGGCUCCUGCGGGACGGAAUCUUUUCAGAGAGUUCCUCCGAACAGAAUACAGCGAAGAGAACCUCCUCUUCUGGCUAGCCUGCGAAGACUUGAAGAAAGAACAGAACAAAAAAGUGGUUGAAGAGAAGGCCAGGAUGAUCUAUGAGGACUACAUUUCUAUCCUAUCGCCGAAAGAGGUCAGCCUGGAUUCUCGAGUUAGGGAGGUGAUCAACAAGAACCUGCUGGACCCGAGCCCUCACAUGUAUGAAGAUGCCCAGCUCCAGAUCUAUACCCUGAUGCACAGGGAUUCUUUCCCAAGAUUCUUGAACUCGCAGAUCUACAAAGCCUUUGUGGAAAGUACUGCCAACUCUUCUUCUGAAUCGUAAUUUUCAUGGGAAAGGCCAAAAAAAAAAAAUCAUUUCAGAGGGCUGGGAUGGGAAAUAUAAGUAGUUAAAUGACACCAGAAAUUGAGUUCCUGGAGAACUACAGGUUGGCACCCUCGGGCUGCUGGCAAGAGACAAUCGUGAGGGUCUUUGUCUCCAUUUUUAAUCGAGGUUACCCAUGAUUCUGUUUGGAGAAAAGUCUAUACGAGACAGUGAAUUGCCAAAUUAAGUUUGUUUAUUCAACACUUGUUCUCCUUGCAAGCAAACUGUGUUCCUAGUCCUCUGAGCAGUCUCCUAGUGCAUCUCCAGAGGCCGCAUGUGCAAAGUACAACUGCUUUGUCUGCCACUUAGCUGUACUAUUUCAUCAGUAGCAUACCUUAUAUCUGUAUUUAAGGACUUUUGUGCAAUAUGGUCUCUUAGAAACAAUUGCCAACAAAUUGGCUGUGGUUUGCAUUUUUAAGCAUAAUCUGAUACAAAAAAAAAGGCUAUUUUAAACAUGUAACAGUGACAUUUAACCAUGCUACAUACUAUGUUUAGUACAGGGACUUUGAAGCCAAUUUUUCUGUACAUGGAAAGAAAAAGUUAGCUGAUCAUCUCUGCCUGUGGAUGGAUCUUAGUUUGAGAGCCCUCUGGUUGUUCACUGCCCAAACUCUGGCAUUUUCAUUACAGCAGAGUUUGCUAUGUUUAAAAAAAAAGAAAAGAAAGAAAGAAAACAACAACAACAAAACCUAAUAGUGAUAAGAAAAUUUUAAAAAGCACAAAAUCGUCUGAAGAUAUCCUGUCUCAUUGAAAAACACAAGAGUGAUACUGUUUUUAGGUAUUUCAUACAAGAAGAAAUGAGUCUAUGUAUAUAUCAAAUGUCCAAUACUAUAACUAAUUUAUUAAAGAAUGGCUCUCCAGUUCUAAAUUAGUCGUGUAAACUUAUGUAUGUCAGCAAGAAAACAAUAAUGUGCUUGCUAAUCCAGUUUGGGACUAUAAAGCAAAAGAUCUAGUGAGGAAUGCCUACAUGUAGCACUGUGAAAACAUCUCGAGGAAUUGCAUCUGGCAUGUGGCAUAUUUGCCUUGAACGUAUAAUCCAGUGAAAAGCUUAAGUUUUUCCUAAGCAACAUUUUAUAAAGGGUUAUGAAGAAGAAAACCUCCAACGUCAGACCUUAACUGUUUUCAUGUAGUAUCUCAAGAAAGAUUUAUUUUAACAUUGUUAAAAACAAUUAACCCUCAUGCACAAUUAAAAGGCAGUACAGUGCUUAAAUAUUUUAGCUGCCAAUAUUAUUUUUUGUAAUUACAUUAACUCUUUACAUGAAAUACUCACCUGACCCUGGCAUGUAUUUCUGACCUUCAGAACAGUGUCGUAUUGUGCACAAAACCAAAAUUACAAUCAAUGUCAUAUUUAUAUCAAGGUCUUAUCUUUCAAUAUCAAUAUCCCCUGGAGACUAUUUUUUUAAUCUUAAACUCAAUGAGUAUAAUGUUGAGUAAUCUAAAAAAAAAAAAGGAAGAUUUAAAAAGAUUUAUAUCCACUGAGAAUACUGGCCUUAUAUUAAGGAUGAUAUUUAAAUUAUAGGUUUUAUUUGUCAUUUUUUAACUACCUCUCAUUUUUUUAAUUUAUUAAACAUAUUUUUUUAAAAAGAAAAGUUUGGAGUUUUCUUUUUAAAUUUAUUUUACUUGAAAGGUUGGCAUCAUGUUUCUUUUUCCAUAAAUUUAAAACAUUUCAAGAAUUGUUUUUUAAGUGAGUAUGAUUUUCUAACUUAUAUAGAAUUCAGGAGCUAUGAUUAAAAGGGCUAUUACCUAUUCCCUAUGCAAAUAUUUUAACUGUUGCAGUGUUUGACGAAAUGGGAUUUUGAAAACAAUUUGCAGAGUCGAAAACAAAGCGUUCUGUUUACACUGGCGUCGCUGACUAUCUACCAUGUUCAGCACUUUUAAAUACAUUAUUUAUGAACACAUAGUUAAAGUGCAGAUAGAAAGUAUUUAUAAUCGUCAUCUUUUAACAAAUGCCUGUGUUUCUUUUUCUGAAAGUGUUAGUGUAUUUAAGAUGUGCUUUAUUCAUGUCACCUAGAUAUUUACUCUUUGAAUAGCUUCAGUAAUACGUUGAGAAAAAGAUAGUUAUGAAGAUGUUUACAGAAAAAAAAUCCUAUUUUUUCCUAAAGAGUCAAGAAAACUUAAAAGGGGCAUCGUUGCCUCUAUUGUGAAGUCCCACCAUUCUGAAUCAUUUAAUUAUUUUCUUGAUUAAUGUUUAUUAUGCUCCUGUGAGUGUACACAUGUAUAGUAUGGCAUCAUACGUGUUUCUGUGUUUGAGGCACAAUGAGCUGGUCACGUACCAGGAGAUAUGUAAUAUACUCUGACUCCCUGCAUGCACAGUUGUUUCUGAUGUAGACUUUCUAUUCCUGUUGUUACUGUGGACGCUGGUGACUUACUCCCAUGGGUUAGCUUUACAAGAUGCCUUGGACGAUGAGGUGAGUUGUCUGACUGACAGUGCAGCUAAUAUUUUACCAAAUGUAGAAGUUAAGGGCCUCCUUAACGAGGCUUCGUCUCUAAGCUGGGCAUUUGCCGUGUUUGCAUUUCAAAGUUGCUGUGUCUUUUUGGAGCCCUGGUUAAGAAGUUUCCUCGAGAAGGUUCUAGAGCACAUUUGCACAGUCCGUGUCAUUAGCCAGGCCGUGUGAGCAGUUCUGUGCUAAAUUCCUGUUUCAGGGGAGAGGGUUCCUUAUUGCAUUCCAGAAUGUUUCAAGUUUGGAAGGUUGUGUCUGUGGACUUAUAACUAUGCCGGUUUUUAUAGUACGGUAUGAUUUCUUCAGUUUAAAUCACAGAGCUAUCAUAAACAAACAAAAGCCCUCAACUGGUGUCUCUGCCACCAUUUCAAGAGCACAACAUUUGCUUUAUUCAAUUUUGAUUUCAUCCCUAGUGAGUAAAUAGCUCCCUGGGGGAAAUACUAGCACUUUAAAAUGAAGCACCUUGUGUUUUAAAUUACCAAGAUAACUUAGUAUGUUGUUAGAAUCUGCUAAUACACAGAAGAGGUUAAUGCACUUUCUAUAGUACCUAUCUAUAGGCGUAUCUAUUAUGGAAAGAAAAGUAGGUGAUGUAGAUGAUGUAUACAGAGGUGACUUGAAAACAGAGGUCUUCAGAGGUGGAUCUUCCAAAUAGACAUGCUAACACUGGAUGGAUGACUCUUCUCUUUCUGGCUUAUUAUGAUGUUAUCCAAGGUUAUCACAGAUGCUCUGACAAUAUGACAAGGCACAUAGGAAUAUGAGCAAAACAGGAUUUUGAUACUGAAAUUGUGAAACGCAAAAGUCAAAAUUAUAAUAUGGUCUUUAAAAAAUCCAUACAAUAUUUAUAUAUAACCAGUUUUCACAGUGAGUCGCCAUGCCUGGGAUGUUAAGUGCCCUCCAAUGCCUCCUACUAUAAAGUGUGUGCUACAUUUAUUUGAUAGUUCAGUGUCAAAGGACUAUAGAACUAGAUAAAGGCUUAUUUGUUGAAAAUAAAUACAUGUCUCUCCCUAUUGUGCUGGUUUAAAAUAAUACUUGAAUCUUAAUUUAAGUCUAUUCUUUUUUUUUUUCUCUAUAAUUUUUUAACCUUCUUGGAAAAAGUCACAUUGUAAUUGUGGAAACUACACUCAAAACAAAUAAAAAAAAUCAGGUGCUUUGGUGAAGAUUUUUAAAUGGAAGGAACUUAAAAUAAAUCAUAGGAAAAUAACCUUUUGAAAAACCACCAAUUUGUUUUUAAACAGCUAGCAGAUAUACUUAGAACCCGACAUAACAUAGAUUUUGAAUACUUUAUGCUUUAUGUAUUAUUUUGAAAUAAGAAAGAAUGUCAAAAGAUUGGCUUACCUAUCUAUUUAGAUUGCCAGUUAAUGACCAAUUUCCAAAGGAAAUCGACUCUUUGGGUAUUCUUUUCUGCUUUUAAAUAUACAAUGUCAAUAUACAAUGCUAACCUUAGAAAGGAGUAUCCCACGUGUAAUAAUUUUAAUAAUUCUUCACUUGCCACAACUGCCAACAUUUACCACUAAAACAUCUGAGACCGUACUUCAGAAUGUAUCUGCAAGAUUUUAAUAUCAUUGCUCCCAGCAGCAAACUUUGGGUUGUGUGUAUGUUUAAAAAAAUAUUACUCUUACAGAUAUAGUCCUAAACAGCCAUAAGUGACAUGUUUUCCCCAUCAGUUUAAGUGAAUAUUCCAGACCAUCAUUUCUAGUGAGAACACUGAGGAAGUGGGUGUUGCUUUAGUUGGGCAGAUGGGGCUGGGGACUCAUUCGAUUCUUGUGAUAAAAGCUCUGCAUUGGGGAAAGCAGUUAUCAAAAAGUACUGAUAACGAUAACCAACAUUUUAAUGUCAUGUGGACAAACUGAAGUUCAAGUCCCCCUCAUGUCUUGUGCUAAAUGUUUUCUGCUGCAAAUUUUUCUGUUGAUUUAUAUCCUCAUUACAGCAUUUCAGCUUUUUAAAUAGUUAGAGAUACGUGUUUUAAACUGAUAAUUAAAUUGUCUUAGGCUUGGGCACACCUCCUUUUGAAAUGACCAAACUGAUUUCAAGUGGUAUCCAGAGAUGGUAGAAAAGUCACUGUCCUUUCUGAGUCUGUCUCUUCAUCUGAACAGGAAGAAUAUUAAUUGUGGCAUGGUCAUGGGAACAAUGGUAUUGCGUAUGAUAAUUUAUCAGAGUUCUGCAGGCCAGUAAUAGUCACAUUUUUUAGGAAGGUCUGUAGUCAAUGUCGUUUUAAUGUAUUUUCCCCCAAAUUUUUCCUUUAAAAUUUUUUAGGUUAGCAUACAAAAAAGGGUUUCAUUACAACAUUUUCAUACAGAUGUUUUUGUUAUAUCUUCUUGCUAACUGUUCUUACAGCUUAAAUUAAUCCAUUUCCAUAAAUCUGUACCUUGCCACAUGGCUUGUGGCUUACUGGCAUCUUCACAUGUGGCUUGUCAUGGUGGCGGCUGGCAGUGACUUCUUCCGCCUUCCUGUUCUUUCUUUUCUCCUCUCUGUUAGUCCUGCCUAUACUUCCUGACUAGCCACUGGCCAAUCAGUGUUUUAUUUAUUGACCAAUCAGAAUAAUUUGACAUACAGACCAUCCCACAGCAAUAUCUUGUUCUCAUUUAUUACCCAGCGACUUUCCCUGUGCUCUCUAUUCUACUUUCUUUGUUUAUUAUUUGAAACAUAUUUGCAAAAUCUAAAUAUGAACGUACACACACACACACACACACACACACACACACACACUCAAAGAUGGAGACAUAGGAAAUAAAAUCAACAUUCCCAAGGAUAGGAAUAAUAUAAAAAUCAAGUUAGUUACCAAUAUACCAAGUAUGUCAGUGGAUGAUAGAGAUAAAUGUAAUUUCAUAAAGCACCAUUACAAAACAAUCUUUUUAAUCGUAGUGUGAUUUUGUCAAUUCUAUCAUGAAACUGUGAGUGGAAAGACGGAUAACAGUGGCUACGUGUUUCAUCAAAUUUUAGAGUAUUUUCAGCCUUUAUAGAAAGAUCACAAAGACAGUCCAGAAUGGCCUCAUGUGCUCUACACCUGUGACAGCGUUAGUUACAAUUAAAGAGUAAUGUUGACUCAUGGAGUCUGUACUCCACUCCAAUACCAGAUGCUUUACCCAAUGUCUUCUCUCUGCCCCUACAUCUGGUAACAACGUGACCAUUUGCUGUUACCUCGCCUGUGGCUCCUUUCAGCUGUGACUUUCUAGAAGUGUUCUUGUAUCUUUCAGAACCUUGACAAUUUUGAGAGGAAGCAGACUUCUAUUGUGCAGAGCAUCGCUCUGCUGGGAUUUGUCUAGGUUUUUUGUUGUUGUUGUUUUGUUUUUUGGUGUGUGUGUGUGUGUGUGUAUGUUUAGAUAGGAGUUUUUGUUUUCUAGAAGGAAUAGUGUUAUUCUUGUCUUGCUAUUGUAAAGAUUUAUUUUGAUUUUAUGUGUGUGAGUGUUUUGUCCACAUGUACAUAUGUGACCAUAUGCAUGAAGCACCUCAGAGGCCAAAAGAGUCCCCAGGAAUUGGAGCUACAGAUGGUUUUGAGCUCCCCCUGCCCCCCCGCCAUGUGUGUGCUGGGAACUGAAUCAGGGUCCUCUGCAAGAGCGGCAAGUGCUCUUAACUGCUGAGCCACCUGUCCAUCCUCGAAGAGUGCCAAGUUUAUUACAGGAUAUCAAAGGCACAUGCCAGCAGGCUAACGACUCUUGCUUUGGGCUUCUCUUUGUUGUUGUUGUUGUUUUUCACCUAUCGCCUGGUUGAAGCAUCCUGUUCAGAGCAGCCUCUCUGCUGUCAAGUAAUACACACGCACAAGAGGGUGUCUUGGAGGAAACAGACUGUUUACACUGGGCAAGAAAAACAAACCAACAAAAGCAAUUUUGGCAGACUUCUUAGCACAAAAUACUAGGCUCUUUUAAAGGAUUACUACCAAAUACUAUAAAGAACAUGCGAUGAGUGAGGGAGUGACAUGGGUCAAAUUCCAAACCAGUGUUAGCUUGAAUAUUCACUUAAAAGCGCAACUGAUUCCCCUCUCCCUGACACACCCUGUGUACUUACCUAGAACUUACGCACAUGCUGGGUUUGAAGAUUUUAGUCUCAUUAAUUGUAGCAAGCGGUUAUUUAUUACUCGUGUUUAAUGCUUUCCUGUGUACCAUCCACUGAGCAAUGUAUACAACGCUGAAGUGGUGUGGAAGACUUGAUGUUGCCCCUCUAGCUUUAGCCUGUUCGUCACAGUGUUUCUUGUGUCUGACUUUAAAGAGUUCGCAAAAUACUAAAAAGUAUUUUCAUGAAUUUGAUUCUGUGAAAUUUAUCGUCUUGAACAUGUACAAUUUCUUACUUCCAUGCUCAUUCUAUUUAGUAAUCUAUUUCCAUAUUUUGUAUUCCACCAAUAUAUUUAUUAGUGGACCACGAAAAGUUUCUGGGUACAUGAAUGCAAGAGUAACCAUGCUUGGCUAUUUCAUAAUACUGAAGUAACUGUGGGUACUCUUAACUGAAUAGAUAAUCCAGAUUCUUUUCUUGAUGUUUGUUUUUCUGCAUUUUUAUUCCAUUGAAUAGAUUUUAUCAUUUACCUAUGUACAAUAAUAGACUUCCUGGAAGUGCUACAAUUUUUACCAUGUAAUAGAUUUGAGCAUGACAAUAAUGUAAGAAAACUCAGAAGUCUCUAAGUGUAUCUGAGUUUUCAAAGUAAAUCAAAUAACAGGUGUUUUCAUUUAACUAUAUUGUGGAGAUUUAUGGAUAUUAUUGUAAAAUGCAUAUGCAUUACACUGAUUUUCUUAAAAUGUUUUGAAUUAAUAAAGAAUUCUCCAUGUA